UUCAAGUGUCCUCCUGACGCAGUCAAACGAGAAAAAUGCCAGAAAAGACGACACAGGGAGCACAUUCGUGAUUGCGCUCAUUGGUCGUGACGUCACCAGGGCUCUCGAGUGGAGUGCGUUCGUGGCGGCGGCGGCGACUGAGAAGUGAGCGACUCGGUGCUGCUUGUGGACCACCGCGGCCGUAUUUUAUUUUGAUGACAGCGCAACAUGGAUGCGUUUGAAGACAUUUUUGUCCCCCUGCACGUUCACGACUCGCACAUCUGCCGAGCGAUGCGUUCACGGGCUUGAAGAAGACAGAGACCGCGUUCAAGGUUGGCGAUCCUGUCUGACAUGCAGACCUUGUAAAAAGCUCCAGAGGAUCAAAGCAGGCAGAAGUCGGGGAAUUAUGGGUAACCACCUGAGCGACUUGGCGCCCCCCGGCUCCCUCCUGCCCGGCUUCAAGUGCCUGCACGUCGUCGUGAUCGGGCUGGACUCGGCCGGAAAGACCUCACUGCUCUAUCGGCUGAAGCUGAAGGAGUUUGUGGAGACCAUCCCCACCAAAGGCUUCAACACGGAGAAGGUGAAGGUGUCGGUCGGCGGCUCGCGGGCCGUCACCUUCCACGUGUGGGACGUGGGCGGCCAGGAGAAGCUGCGACCGCUUUGGAAGUCGUACACGCGGCGCACGGACGGCCUGGUGUUCGUGGUGGACGCCGCCGAAACCGAGCGCAUGGAGGAGGCCAAGGUGGAGCUCCACAAGAUCAGCCGCAGCUCGGAGAACCAAGGCGUGCCCGUGCUCAUCCUGGCCAACAAGCAGGACCUGGAAACGGCGCUGCCCGUGGGCCAGGUGGAAAAGCUGCUGGGAGUGCAGGAACUGAGCGCCGGGACUCUGCACCACGUGCACAGUUGCAGCGCCGUGGACGGCCGCGGCGUGCAGCAAGGCUUGGAGAAACUGUACGACAUGAUCCUCAGGAGGAAGAAGACGAUCAAGCACAGCAGGGGUAGGAGGAGAUGAAGAGUAUGGAAGGACGCAUGAGGAAGAUCGCAACAUUGUCUGGUGGCGGGCGGCAAAAUGCAGAGCUCCACCCUGAAGAUGAAUUCUAGUAAAUAGGGAGCAGGUCCUGCUGCGAACUGUAGAAAAAAACUAAAUGGAAAUGACACUUUUAAAUCGUAGUGAUACCGCAAUCUCAAACUACUUUAAUAUCAAUUAAUUUCAAACGCCAUUUGUAACGUUACCCUUCAAAAUAAAUGGAGCAAAAAAAUAAAAUAAUAAUAAUAAAGUACAAUGUGGUGAAGUCUCUUUGAAACAUGAAUUUGGCUCCGCCCCCAUCACACAGCGAUCGGAAAGAACAGUCAAGCUGCGCCACUUUAUCAUGAU